AUGCUAUGUGGGAGCUUUAGAGAGGCUGCUGAAAGGUUGGGACUCAUCGAGGCAGACAACACGCUCGACGACUGUCUUACUGAGGCUGAGCAGUGGGCGAUGCCAUGUUCUCUUAGGAGGCUCUUCGCAACCAUCUUGGUGCACUGCGAGCCAGGCGACGUGCGUGGUUUAUGGGAUAGGCACCUCGAGCCUAUGUCAGAUGACUAUCGUCGAUCACGCACGUCCCCUGACGAGGUGGAGCAGAUAGUGUUGCUAGACAUUAGGGGUAUGUUGCAGUCCAUGGGUAAAGAUAUUGUUGAUUUCGCUCUUCCGACCAUAGAUGAUGCGUUUGACCCAACCGAGGGCGAGGCAAGAGAGGUCAUCGAGGAAACAACCGUUGAGUUUGACAUGGAUGACACUAAGUUGGUAUCUUCGCUGAACUUGGAACAAAGGGCCGCAUACGACGAGAUACUAACGACUGUUGAACGCGGUGAUGGGGGUGUAUUCUUUGUUGAUGGCCCUGGAGGUACAGGGAAGACCUUCCUAUAUAGGGCGAUGCUUGCCAAGGUGAGGAGCCAAGGCAAGAUUGGUAUCGCUACCGCGACGUCCGGCGUCGCCGCUUCUAUCAUGCCUGGCGGCAGGACUGCCCACUCGAGGUUCAAGAUCCCAUUGAGUUGCGAUGAUGGAGCCUCGUGCAGCUUCACCAAGCAGAGUGGGACCACCAAGCUCCUAAGGAUGGCCUUGUUGAUAAUAUGGGCCGAGGCCAGCAUGACUAAGCGACAAGCGGUAGAGGCAUUGGACAACAGCAUGCGCGACAUCAUGGGAAUACGUGACCGACCCUUUGGAGGAAAGACUGUUGUGUUUGCAGAUUACUUGCUAAGGGUCGGCAAUGGCACUGAGGAUGUAGACGAUCAAGGCAACAUACUACUCCCUGAAGAUAUUUGUCUGCCGUCUACAGGCGAGGUUGACGACCUGGAGAAACUUAUUGACCACGUGUUUCCGAGUCUAGAUGACAACAUGUCUGAUUCCAAUUACAUGACAUCUCGAGCAAUCCUUUCCAUGACAAACGACAAUGUCGACAAGAUAAACAUCCGCAUGAUAGACCGUUUUCAUGGAGAUGAAGUAAUCUACCAUAGCUUUGACAUUGCAGAGGACGACCCAUAUGGCUACUACGCUCAGGAGUUUCUUAAUGGAUUGACUCCUAAUGGUCUUCCUCCGCAUGCACUCAAGCUAAAGCUGAACUGCCCUGUCAUACUUCUAAGGAACAUUGAUCCAGCUAAUGGACUGUGUAACGGCAGUAGGCUUGUUGUAAGAGGUUUUGAGAGGAACACCAUUGAUGCAGAAAUCAUGAUUGGUCAACAUGCUGGCAGGAGGGUCUUCCUUCCUCGAAUACCUCUCUGCCCAUCUGAAAACGACAUGUUUCCGUUCAAGUUUAAGAGAAAGCAAUUUCCUAUAAGGCUUAGCUUUGCUAUGACCAUUAACAAGGCUCAAGGGCAGACCAUACCGAUAGUUGGUGUCUACCUACCCAAUCCCGUGUUCUCUCAUGGUCAGCUCUAUGUUGCUUUGUCUCGAGCCACCGCGAAGAGAAACAUAAAGAUACUCAUUCAGAAGGAGAAGCCGAAGGAGAAGGCCAACAAGCUAAAGGACAAUCCAAAGAAGCGAAAAAGACCGACUGUGUCCUUACUGACCUCGAUGAAGAACAUCGUCUACAAGGAAGUCCUUACAGGCUGA